CAGAUGCAGCUCGCCGAACAGAGACGGAAGGUGCAGGAUGGAUCCCGUCCCGCUGCUGCUCAUCCUGCUCGCGUCGGGGCCCCUGACCUCGGCGGUCUACGACGGGCCCCUCCAGCCGGAGAUCUCCAACGGCACCUUCCAUCACUUCUUCGUCCCGGACGGGGAUUAUGAGGAGACGGUCGACCCGGAGCACUGCCAGAUGCUGUUCAAGUUCUCCGACGUGGUUCCGUGCGCGGCCGCGGAGGAGAGCGACGCCGCGGUGCGCGACGACUUCAUCAUCACCAAGCUGCAGGCGGAGGACGCGGCGCGGCUGCUGGAGGGCAUCGGCCGCGCCGUGGCGCACGACCUGGACGGAGAGGACAGCUACGGGAAGUUCCUUCUGAAGGAGAUCUCCCAGAUCGGCGAGGCCUUCUCCAGCGUGGACAAGUCGCUGGUGGAGCUGGAGGUGAAGUUCAAGCAAAGUCAAGAGACUGAGCUGAGGGAGGAAGAGCAGCUGAACGGCUACGUGGUGAAGCAAGUGAGCGACAUCAGAGGCGCUCUGAGGGAAACCACCGACAUCUCUCAGGGACUCAGAGACAGACACGAGCUGCUGUCUCUCAUCAUCCGCAGCCAUGGCACCAGACUGAGCCGCCUGAAGACUGAGUUCCUCAAUGUGGGCUCAUGAAUGUGCUUUGGGAGACAAUGAGUAAUAUAAAAGAGCCACCCAGCUCACCAAGCAAC